AUGGAGCAAUCAACUCAAAGCCCUAUGCAGGGGCUAUCCCAUGGGAAUUCCUCGCUACCUUCUGAUUACUGGAACACGCUAGAUCCUGCCUACCCCGAUCCCGAGCAGCAGCUUCAUCAAUCAUCUCAACCCCAACACCAACCUCAACAGCAGCAUGAUUCUGCACCGCAACCAACACCUCUUGGCAUCGGAUGGGAUCAUCCUGUAUUUCAACAGCAACAGAGAGAGCUAGCCCCACGACCGGAGCCAAACCAUGGCAUCUACUCGUCAGUACACCAGCCUUGGCAGCAAACAAAUCCUCUGCAGCAGCCACCACAACGAGGAUAUGGAGCUUCGCCCCAGUAUCAAAUACACCCACAAACUCCCCAUUUCCCGCAAGGACAGUUGUCUUUUGACUCUCGUCCCCUGAGUGCCUCUGAAUCCUCGACAUUUCCGUCAUUUGCUUACCAGCAAAAUUAUUUCCACCCACAACACCCGCACAUCUCAGUGCCAGACACUUUCCCUGAAGCACCUACGCAACAUAGAAUACAGCACCGACCACAACAACAACCCCAGUCGUCAAUUUCUCCAUACCCAUUACCUCAAGGCUAUUCCUCAGAAAUGCUGCAAAACACAAUUGAUUUGACCAACGACUACUCUGAUUCAGACCCAAAUGUCACCAUUAAUCCUCAAUUUUUAAAUUCCACUCCGCAGGCAUUCAAUCAACAGCAAUCUUCGUUGGCAAGCAACUUUCUUCAAGGAAUCCCUGCGGACUUCCAACGACAAGGAGGUGAACAGGCCAGGCUAUUCAAUUACUACCAGCAUGAUCUUUCAGUCCAGUCGCAAAUGACACCAACUGGCACCCCGGUGCUUCCGCCUGGAGCAUUACCAGCACCGCAAGUUGUAAUCACUGCUAAGAAAGCAGCUCAUAACAAUCAGCAAACAAAAAAGACUUCUACGCAUGGUCAAAUGAUAAAUGUAUCUAACUCGGAAAGUGAAAGUUCGGAUGAAUCCGAUCUUGAGAUUGAAGCACCCGACGAACCAUCUCCCAUCCCUCCGAUCCGUCCGACUGACCCCGAGGCUGCAGCAGAAUAUGACACCCUCCAAGCCGUGUGGUCACCAAGGAACAAAUGGCCUGGCCCUGAGAAAGUCAAGAAUGCAUUGGUAGCCUACAAAGAUGUCGUCAAAUCAUUGAGAGAUGCGUGGAAGGAACAAGUCCAGGCGAUGAAACUAGCUGAAAACCAAGACGACAACAAGAAAGCAACAAAGUUCAAGGAAAAGGUCAUUUCGCAACGUCGCACUAUGGAUAAAAUUGCGACGACAACACUGGAAAUGGGUCAUCCUAAUAUUGUUGAGAAGCUGGGAGAGCAUCCUAUGGUCGUGGCAGCUCUAUAUUCAUUCUUGGUCGACCGUUUCCAGGCAGCAGACUUUGCUGGGACUCUGACUAUUAAUUUGCUUUCGCUCUUCUCGCGUUUCUCAACUUUGACAGAAGACAUGAUGCAGAAGACCAAUCUUUCCAAAUUGCUACCUAAGUUCCUCAAAAAAGGUGGCCAGCAGGUUAAGGAUCUCACACAGAAGAUCCUGGAUAAUGCUGCGGCCUCUACGAAGCGUAAGAAGGAGAGUGAAAAGCCUGCCAAAGAAGAGUCACACCCAAGGAACCUUUCAGCAGACCAGUCUAAGGGAGACGCUGGAAUCAAGCGACCCCGCGAGGCGGAUAGCAAUCUGCAACCUGGCGCAAAACGAAUGGCGGUUGCCAACACCCUGAAGGAUGUGAAUAAACUUGCAUCCACAGGCAACGGACAAGCCAAGGGAGCACAAAGUAGCAAGCCAACCGCCACAGUGCUGCGCCCUAAAGCCAAUGUUGUGGCCCCCAAGCCAACAAGUCUCUUUGGCACUUUAAGCUCGGCGUCAAAGAGACCCGGGACUACAAAUGCGGAUAGGGCUGCUGCCGCUGCAGCAGCAAAACCAACUGCUGCUGAGAAGGAAAAGACACCAGCCCCGAAACCAGCUUUCUCCUUUGGUGACAUUAUGGCCGAUUUAAACAAACCAAAGCAGGCACCAACCCCCAAACCUGCUGAAGAUCAGCCCCCAGAGACUGAAGCUGAGCGCACAAAGAGGCUGCGUAAAGAAGAGCGCCGUAAACUUCGAGUGACCUGGAAGCCGGAUGAUGAUCUUACCGAAGUUCGACUAUUCACCCACGAUCCCGAUGAAGAAUUAGGCCCCGGAGAUGGGUCACUGCGUUCACGGGGAGACGUUAAAGGCGAAGGUAGUGUUCUUAAGCUUCACAAAGAUAUGGACGAACUAGAAGAAGAGGACCUUGGUGGUAUUCGUGAGACCGUAUUUCAAGAUGGUUACACUCUUUCGAGUACGUUAUUCCUCCAAACAUACCUCAAAUUCUUACUUACCAUGGCAGUGAUCGAUUUCGAUUUCAAGGAAUCGAAAGACGACAGUUUCAUCAAACGUGGUGGCCCCCAGCUGCCAACAAGUCCCGAGAGGGAGGCCCAGGAGCACCGGGAAUCUACUACGCUCAUGGUCUUCUAUACUUCUCCUACUGACAUGCCUGAUACACCCAAGGAGCCACCGACUCCUGACCCCGACGAGAUUGUUACUGAUGUAUUACCUUUCGGAGAGUUGCCCGACAUGGUCAAGGUUCGCCAGGAACGUUACUACUCCUAUAUGAAUCCCAAGCCUGCAGCCCCCCAACAAACCCAACAACCGCAACAGUCUAUUCCCGGGGACAGUGGAUUUGACAUCUCCAAUUUGCUCAAGAUCAUCCAGGGUGUGCCUGGACAGGCACAGCCAAUCCUACCGCCACAGGCAACUCAACCUGGAGGCAUGCCGGAUCUCGAGAGAACCAUCAACAUGUUCCGUCAGCAACAGCCUCAAUCGCAGGUUCCUCUACCUCCACCAGUACCUACUUCCCAGCCUCAGGGCCUUGACUUCAACACGAUUUUGAAUGUUAUGAAACAAAUGCAGGCACCGCCUGUAUACUCUCAGCCUCAGCAAUCGCAAUCAGCAAUGGCACCCAACCUCGGCGCCAUGUUUGCACAAUUCGGCGGGCAAAAUCAGCAAGCUGGUGCUCUUCCAUUCCAACAGCAAGGCCAUGACUAUGAAGACCCAGAGCGCAAACGAAGCCGCGAGGGCAGCUAUUAUGACGACCACCCUAGCUCCGAAUCGUGGAGCCGCUCGAAACGGACUAGAGUUGGCGCCAACGAGGCCAAGCCCUACAAGGUGGGGCUAGUCGCUUGCAGAUUCUGGGCCGAGGGCAAGUGUCGCAAAGGCGACAACUGCACUUUCCGUCACGAUCCUCUCUAA